UUUUAGAAAAAGGAAAAGAAAGGGAAAUUGAACGAAGGCCUUAUUACUUCUCCCGUUCUCCUUUUCAACUGAUCCUUUAGUUUUCUGGGGAAACUUCUUUCCUUGUGUGUUUUUGUUUUUGACAGUGCCCUGUGACUUUUGCACUCUUCUGCUGAUCCCUAACUUGCUUUUCCAUGUAAACUGGUGUGUAUUUCUCCAAUUAUUAUAUCUUUUUCGCUUUGAUUUUAGCUUUUUUUUUCUGGGUUUCCCUUCUUAUUUAGGAGCUAGUAGGAUCUGGAAAGAGUGGAAAUGGUUGCUAUAUGUUGUGCAUGUAGAGAUGACGUUAUGGUGUCCUAGUUUAGUUAUAAAUGCAUUGAUUUUUCUUCUUUUACGGGUGAGAUUUGAUCUGGGUAUUCUGGAAAGUUGUAAUCUUUAUUCAUUUUUUUGGGGUGUUCUGGAUUGGGUUGUUUGGAGUGGUUUAGGAGAUGAAAAUUGAAUUGGGCAUGGGAGGUGGGGAUUGGAACGAUGAAGAUAAGGCCAUGGUUGCCGCUGUAUUAGGAACAAGAGCAUUUGACUACUUGAUAUCAAACUCGGUUUCAAAUGAAAACCUUUCAAUGACCACAACAAGUGAUGAAAAUCUCCAAAACAAGCUCUCAGAUCUCGUGGACUGCCCCAACGCUUCUAAUUUCAGCUGGAACUACGCCAUUUUCUGGCAAAUUUCGCGGUCCAAGACCGGCGACUGGGUCCUCGGAUGGAGCGAUGGGUGUUGUCGAGAGCCUAAAGAAGGAGAAGAACCCGAAACGGCUCGGAUUCUUAGCCUUCGCCUCGAAGACGAGACUCAGCAGAAUACGAGGAAAAGGGUUUUGCAGAAAUUGCAUACUUUGUUCGGUGGAUCAGAUGAGGAUAAUUAUGCACUUGGAUUGGACAGAGUUACUGAUACUGAGAUGUUCUUUUUAGCUUCCAUGUAUUUUUCUUUCCCUCGAGGAGAGGGAGGCCCUGGGAAGUGUUUUCUGUCCGGGAAACAUGUAUGGGUCUCGGAUGCAUUGAAAUCGGGAUUGGAUUAUUGUGUUCGGUCUUUUUUGACAAAGUCUGCCGGUGUUCAAACCAUUGUUCUGGUACCUACUGAUGUUGGUGUUGUCGAAUUGGGGUCGGUUAGAUCGGUGCCUGAAAGCUUGGAGUUGUUGCAGUCCAUAAGAAGUUUGUUUUCGUCGAAUUAUCCGCUGGUUGGGAUGAAGCAAAUGGCUGUAGCAGCAGCAGUACCUGUGGUGGAUGAGAAGAAACAUGAGGACUCUUCCCAUUUUUUGAAUUUGGGGAUUGUGGAAGGAGUUCCAAAGAAUUUUGGGCAGGAUCUGAACAACAUUUCACAUGUUCAUCCCCAUCAUCGGGAGAAACUCGCUGUUAGAAAGAUGGAAGAUAGACCAACAUGGUCAGCUUAUGCUAAUGGUGGUAAGCUUCCAUUUUCAAGGAAUCAAAAUGGUGUUCAUGGUUCAGGUUGGCUUCAUGGUGUGAAACAGGGGAGUUCUACCAACUUUUAUGGUUCUCAACACGCGACAAAUGAUGUUCAGGAGCUUGUUAAUGGAACUAGGGAGGAGUUUCGGCUUAAUCAGUAUCAGUCGCAAAAGCCUGUUCAAAUGCAAAUCGAUUUUUCAGGGGCCGCCUCAAGGCCUUCUUCUGCAACUACUCAGCCAUUAAGUGCUGAAUAUGAGCCCUUGGAUGUUGAAGCUCCUUGCAAGGAAGAGAAACCUAGUGCGGCUGAUGAAAGGAGACCCCGGAAAAGGGGUCGAAAGCCUGCUAACGGUAGAGAAGAGCCUCUUAAUCAUGUUGAAGCCGAGAGGCUGCGACGCGAGAAACUGAACCAGCGUUUCUAUGCUUUAAGAGCUGUGGUGCCCAACAUAUCCAGGAUGGACAAAGCUUCGUUGUUAGGAGAUGCAAUCGCUUACAUCAAUGAGCUUCAAGCGAAACUUAAGAUCAUGGAAUCAGAAAGGGGGAAGUUCUGUAAUACUUCAAGAGAUUCAGCAGGGUUAGAUCCUAACGCAAACACAGAGAAUCACGUCGGAGCGGCUAAUAUCAAUGUUCAAGCUGUUCAAGAUGAAGUUGUUGUAAGAGUAAGCUGUCCUUCAGAUUCACACCCUGCAUCAAGAGUAAUCCAAGCAUUCAAAGCAGCAGAUAUCAACAUACUCGAGUCGAAACUCGUCGCAGUGGACGAUACCGUGUUUCAUACAUUUGUUAUCAAGUCUCAAGGAUCAGAGCAGCUAACAAGGGAAAAGCUGAUGGCAGCAUUUUCAGCCGAACCGAAUUCGUUACAGCCACUAUCAUCAUCUCUCGGGUAGCACACAAUUGCAUUUUAACAAUGUCCAUAGGUAUAAAAAUUAAUGUAAUUAGUGUGAAGAACAUGUUUUGAAGCUUCUUCAGAGGUUUUUGGAUUAUACAGCAAUGGGAGUAUGAAGGGCCUGGUAGGAGUAGAAAUUAACUUCUUAAUGACCAAGUAAGACAGCAAAGUUUAUGUGAUUUGUUCAUAUUAUUAUAUACAUACAUUCUGUCAUAAUGAGUUAUUUUUGCAACAUAAAUUAGAUUUCUAAGUU